UGUUUAUUUUUUGAUGGAGAGGUUAAGCAAGAAAGUAAACAUUCGAUUUGAUUACAGCCAGUUUAUAAGAUACUUUUCAUACGAUUACAAUGUAUAAAUCGGGUUUUAAGAUAGUUAUAACGAUUUGUUUUGUUUUGUUUGUUACCGCUGUGUUUGGUGAUGAUGAACUGGCUUUUAAUAAUCCUUACAUCGGCGAUGUAAAACCAAUAAAAUUACCAAAAAAGUCUUCUUCUGGCCAAUUCAUUCCGCUUCCUCCACUUCCAGAUAACGCAAUUGAAAGAAAACUUCUUAUGGACGUAAAUGAUCAAUCUUUACAAUACAUUCGAUUUAGGAGGUCAAAAUUUUCUGGGAAUAUGGAAAACGAAAAUGGAAACAGAGUUUAUUCUGAUAAUACCUGGAAAAAAGUUUUACGGCCUAAUUUGUAUUAAUAAUAAAAUUUUUUCAAUAAAAUGUCUAAAUUAUGUUUUUUAUGUGAUCGUUUGAUUUUAGGAGUAACUCAUAAGAACGAACUUUUGAAAAGGGGGGAUGUAUACCCGGAGACAAUUUCGUGUAAUUUAUAACUGCACCAGAUGUAUUUUAAAUUGCCACCGUGACGGUAUAGAAUUUAUGUAUGAACGUGGAGCGAUUGGGGGAUUCCUACGGCGGUGGCAUGUAUUUUCGUCGGUUAUGCGUUUUAUGAACGUAAUAUUUUAGAGGGCGCGCUUUAUGUUUGGAUCAGCAUCUUUAUGAUCUGGGUACUGCAUUAUUCCGAGACCAUAUUCAACCGAUCUCUAUUGUAUCUUGUAGAUUCUUUGGCUUUAUCGUCCAAUAUCUGACCGCAAACAUUCUUUACGAAGUAAAUAUGACCCGGUGGUUAUUCGAAAUGCAUAACGUACUUUCAAACAAACACAUCGAUCAAAUAAGAUUAUAAGUUAUAUAUUAUAUAUUUUUAUGAAUACUUAUUAAACGACUCUAAAUA